AUGUCCAGGCACGACCACACCCGCGACCCCUGCCCCUGGGUCAUCCUCAACGACUUUGGCGGUGCCUUCGCGAUGGGCGCAGUAGGCGGCACCGUCUGGCACGGCAUCAAAGGCGCGCGCAACUCGCCCCGCGGUGACCGCCUCCUCGGCUCGCUGUCGGCCAUCAAGGCCCGCGCACCCGUCGUCGGCGGCAACUUUGGCGUCUGGGGCGGCCUCUUCUCUUCUUUCGACUGCGCCGUCAAGGGUUACAGGCAGAAGGAGGACCCGUACAACGCCAUCAUCUCGGGCUUCUUGACCGGCGGCACCCUCGCCGUGCGCAGUGGACCGAAGGGCAUGCUUGGGUCGGCCAUCGGCUGCGGUAUUCUCCUCGGUGUCUUCGAGGGCGUCGGCGUCCUCGUCGGUCGGUUGUUCGCCGAGACCAACAAGCCCAUCUCGCCUCUCCUCCCCGAACAGUCCGCCCCUCCACCUGCCGCGCCUCAGCUCGCCUCUGCCUAGACUAGAACGCUUCCCUCCCCCUCGUCCUCUCCCCGCCUCGGCGCACACUCAGCUCCUCCCCACUCCUCAGCACCGUCCACCUGUCUUUUCCGUCCUCAGCAUUGCGUCGUCUCGGCCCCUCUCGUCUCUGCGCAGACGACGGGCUUGUACAUCAGGAGGAGGAGCAGGAGAAGGAGAACGAGGAGAAGGAGGAGAAGCGCGAGGAGGUCACGCAAUGGAGAAUUCGCAACGCAGG